AUGACCGUUCGCGAGCACAUCGCAACCGAACUACACAGACCGGCUAUCCGGCGGUUUGCCAGACGGGUCGUGCGCACCGACGGCAAAGACGAUUUAUGGCAAGCCGACCUCGUAGACAUGAAAAAGUUUUCCAAAGUAAAAAAAAAUAAAAAUCACACGUUCCUCCUGACAGUUAUAGACGUGUACACCAAGUACGGCUGGGCCGUACCGUUGAAAAAUAAAUCUGGUCCGACCGUGGCCGCUGCCCUCGAACACAUAAUCAAGUCCAGCGGCAGACGAUGUCGUCACCUGCACACGGAUCGUGGUCUGGAAUUUAUCAAUAAAGACGCACGACGCGUGUACGAGCAGUAUAAUAUACACCAUUAUCAAACGUACACGCCGCUGAAGGCGAGCGUUUGCGAACGCUGGAACAGAACGCUUAAAGAAAAGAUGUGGAAAGCGUUUACAGCGCACGGCAACCACGAAUGGGUGCCACUCGUUGAUGAUCUAGUCGCCGCUUACAACACAACCGUGCACACGUCCAUCCGAAUGACGCCGAACGACGCGUCCCGCGAGCCCGGGAGUGUUGUUUUCUACCGGUUGCGGCGGCGGCGGCGGUAG